AAAGCCAAGUAGGCGACCGAGCAACAAGUGAGUCAGAUCCGAGUAGGGACGCGGGGAGUCCGGGAAGCCUGGGACCCACUCAGUACUAGCCGAGACAUGUUCCGAGAUUUCGGGGAAGCUGGGCCCAGCUCCGGGGGCGGUCCGUACGGCGCCCCUCAGCAGCCGUCUACCACUGCGGGACAGCAGAAGUUCCACUUCGUGCCCACCCUGAACACGGUCAGCGGCAGCCACGAGUUUCAGUGGAUGACCCAGCCCCGAUACCUGGGACCCGGGGCCCAUUACUCCAGGGCCCUCCCCUACCAGCCCUAUGGCCUCCAGGGCCGCCCUGGAGUCAUCCGGGCUGUGGGGCCCCCGCCUGGGGUCCGGAGAAGGCACAACGACCAGAUAAGUCCUGAGGAGGAAGAGAGGAGGAGGGUCAGGCGGGAGAGAAACAAGUUGGCAGCUGCCAAGUGCCGGAACAGGAGGAAGGAGCUGACCGACUUCCUGCAAGCGGAGACGGAUAAACUGGAAGGAGAAAAAUCGGAGCUACAGAAAGAGAUUGAGGACCUGCAGAAGCAGAAGGAGAGGCUGGAGCUGGUUCUGGAGGCUCACCGCCCCGUGUGCAAGAUCCCCAGCGAGUCAGAGGGAGAGGCGGAGGCAGCAGAGGGAGCCUCGAGCAGCGGGCCCGCUCCCCCCCGCCGCCGCCGGCCCCAGAUCUCCCUCUCCCCUGGUCCCGUGCUGGAGCCCGAGGCCCUGCACACCCCCACCCUCAUGACCACCCCCUCCCUGACCCCCUUUACUCCCAGCCUGGUCUUCACCUACCCAGGGACCCCAGAGCCCUGCGCCUCCGCUCACCGUCGCAGCAGCAGCAGCAGCGGGGACCCCGGCUCCGAUCCCCUGGGCUCUCCCACGCUCUUGGCCCUCUGAGAGGUCACCACCUCCCCUCCCGUUCCCUUCUUGUUUGGCCCCGUCUCCAAUCUGGGCAUCCCUCGUCUUAGCAUGUUCCGAGCACCUUGGGGACCACAAAGCCCCCGCGGGGGCUCAGACUGAGACUGAUGCUAUUCAAGGCAAGGAACAUUUAAAUGCCUACUGUGCGCCAGAGCUCCGGCUGUAGGCAGGAGCACUUGGGGCCGUGGGCAGGAGCACUUGGGGCUGCUGCUCUCCCCUGACGCACAGCUGAGACUUUCAGGGCUGAGCCGGCCUCUGGGGCUUAUUGUUAAUCUUCCUACAAGGCCCUAACCCCUUCUGAGCUCUCACUGCCUCCUGACCCUGGGCUCCUUCCCCUGCAGCUCCAGGAGUCCCUAGAACACUAAACAGCCAAUCCCUUCCCAGCAGCCCCUGUGAUGGAGCACAUAGACCUCCCCUGCCCCCUUGCUCUGGGGCCCUUCUCCCCCUGGGCAGGGCCCACCUCUGGCAGGAGCCUCCUUGAUGGGCUGGAGUGGCCCCCGGCCCUCAGAGCUCAGAGAGGCUCCCCCCAAACUCCCCCACGAACUUGCUCCUUUUCCUGAGAGGCUGCUAUUUAUUUUCCUAAAGAGACUAUUUUUGUACAAAUGGCCAAAUGGAAUAAAACGACUGAAGUUGGGGUGGCGUCUCCCUGGAACCUGGGGAUCUGAGCGCGGAGAACCCACUAGGGAGCGUCUGAGAACCCCAAUGUCCUUGCACCACGGAACACGGGAUGGGACAGCGGGGAGGGAGCGGAACGUUAGACCGGGGAGUGACCUUGGAACAAGAACACCCGAUGUCGGGGCUGGAAGGAAGUGUCCCUGUUAUCUAACCUAGCCUCGGUUCACAGAUGGGGAGACUGAGACCUAGAAAAGUGCCCGGACUCAGUCUCAGAUGAGUGGCCGGCUUGUGGCUAGGCCGGAAGAGGACUCACUCUCUUAGUAAGUCCAUGAGCACUUGCGAAGAUGCCAGGAAGCUUGGGAAGUGGGUGGGGGGCGCCUUUCCCACCGGCCGCUCUCUACCUUGGCCAGGAAGGGGGACAGUGCCGAACACCCGCUAUCUCCCUGAAAUCAAAGCAUCUCGCCCCUCCACCGGCCCUGAAGUCCCCGGGGGAGGGGGGGUCACCUCGGGUUCCUCUUUAUCUGGCCCUUAAACCCCACCACCUGCUUCCUGCCCCAUUGUCUUGGCCAGAAACAUCCUGGUCUGGGCAGGAAGGAGCCUGGAGAGGGUGGGGGCUCCUCCUCAGGCCUUGGAUCCUGGCCUAGUGUGCUCAUGGAAUUCUCCAGCCCCCUCUGAGCCCCGGACCUU